CGGGCGGCGGCUGAGGGAAGGAGGCAGGGAAGGGAGGGAAGGAGGCCGGGAGGGAGGCACGGAGGCCGGGAGGCGACGGGCUCCGGCUCCGGAGGUUGGCGGCAGGAUGUAUGGAUUUAUAAACACGUGCCUGAAGUCUUUGGUGGUUGAAAAGUAUGGCGAAGAAGUAUGGGAAAAAUUAAGACUCCAGGCCGGAGUUCAGGAUACUUUCUUGACUUUUGAAGUUUACAAAGAUGAGAUCACAAUGCAACUUGUUGACAAAGCCUGCAAAGUAUUAGGUGUUCCUGCUGACAUGGUUCUGAGAGAGUUUGGAGAAUAUUUCUUUGAAUUCUGUAAACGAUCAGGCUAUGAUCACAUGCUGAGAACACUGGGUGGAAAUCUAUAUGAGUUCAUAGAGAACUUGGAUGCAUUACACAGCUACCUGUCCCUCUCUUACCAGGAGAUGAACGCACCGUCUUUUAGAGUAGAAAAAAAUGAAGAUGGGUCAAUGCAUUUACAUUACUAUUCAGAUAGAAGAGGUCUAUACCAUAUUGUGCCAGGAAUCAUUGGUGCAGCAGCUGCGGAUUUUUUUAACAUUGAGAUUUCAAUGGAAAUAGUCAAUCAAACAGAAGAAGAAGAAAGAACUGGGAAAAAAGAGCAUAUUGUUUUUCUUGUCACUCAAAACCCAGUACUUCCAUACAAAGAAAGAAAGAAAUAUUCUUCCUCACCUCCAUAUCUUGCUGACUCUGAAAAACAAAGUGAGACCCACCUGAAUAAUGAGGACCCUGAAAAAGCCAAGAAUACAAUUAGUGACAGAGGAAACUUGGUCUGCCCUGUCAAGAAAAGUCACUGGAAAACAAUAAGAGGAAUAAUCACAUUAGGAAGAGGUAAACUCCUGAGAGGAUUUGACCCUGUUUAUCCCAAGAGUCUCUGGAUUGACACAAAAACAUUUUGCAAUGGGCUUCCUUUUCAUAUGGUUUUUGACAAAGAGCUCAGAGUGAAGCAAGCUGGGGUGAGCAUUCAAAAGAUUGUACCUGGCCUUCAGACCAUGGGCAUCUGCUUGGAUCAGUAUUUCAGUAUCGUUCACCCAGAAGUACCCUUCACCAUCUCUAGCAUUCAGAAAUUUAUCAACAGCCAAUUUGUUUUCCAGACUAGGAGAGAGAUGAUGCCAGAAUCAUGGAAACAACGGCCAAUGCUAGAGCUUAGAGGCCAGAUGAUCUGGAUGGAGUCCCUGCAGUGCAUGCUCUAUCUCUGCUCACCUUUGCUUCGCACUUUGCACGAGCUAGAGGAACGACAGAUGCAUAUUGCAGACAUUGCACCUCAUGACGUGACCAGGGAUUUGAUUCUUCUCAAUCAGCAGCGACUGGCAGAGAUGGAGCUCUCUAACCAGCUGGAGAGGAAGAAGGAAGAACUGCGAAUACUGUCGAAGCACCUGGAAGAAGAGAAGAAAAAGACUGAAGCUCUGCUCUAUGCCAUGCUCCCUCAGCACGUGGCCAACCAGCUGAAAGAAGGGAAGCGAGUUGAGGCAGGAGAGUUCAAGGAGUGCACCAUACUGUUCAGUGAUGUUGUGACCUUUACCAACAUUUGUGCCCAAUGUGAGCCUAUUCAGAUAGUUCUCAUGUUAAAUACAAUGUACCUGCAAUUUGACAGACUGACCACAGUGCAUGAUGUGUACAAGGUGGAGACAAUUGGAGAUGCCUAUAUGGUCGUAGGUGGGGUUCCUGUGCCUGUCUCCACUCACGCUGAGCGGGUUGCGAACUUUGCCUUGGGGAUGGUAAUAGCAGCUAAAGGAGUACAGAACCCAGUUUCUGGAAAUCCAAUCCAAAUUAGAGUUGGGAUCCAUACAGGUCCUGUCUUGGCUGGAGUUGUUGGAGAAAAGAUGCCUCGUUACUGCUUAUUUGGCGAUACAGUGAAUAUAGCUUCCCGGAUGGAGAGUCACGGUGUCCCGAGUAAAAUUCAUCUAAGCUCCAGUACCUAUCAAUGCCUAAAAUACAAGAAUUUUGAGAUGACUGAAAGAGGAGAAAUAGAAGUGAAAGGCAAAGGGAAAAUGCACACAUAUUUCCUCAUUAGAAAUAAAGCUGCAACUGAGAAUGAGAUUAUGGGGAGGCCAGUAAAAGACUUAGAUUCUGGCCAUGAAUCUGUUCAGUCCUUUCAAGAAGGCAGGACUGAAACAACACCAAGUUCUCAUCAGACAGUUAAUCAGACUCAGCAAGAGAAGGACCAGACCACAGCCAUUGCAAUGAAGUAUAUUGAUGGUCCCACAGAUGCACAAAACAGUCUCAAAAGAAGAAAUCAAGCAAAAAAUUCAGAUUUAACAGGCAAAACUUAUGAUUCAAAAAGCUAUGGGAGUCUCCAUGGCAACCAGCAUUCAGAUGAUGCUCCUUGUCAUCCGAACAGGGAAAGAGCCAAACCAGCUACCGAAGAACCACGGAUUAGAAAUGUUCGCUCCAAUUUUUGCAAUCUACUCUAAGUUUCUUCCUUUAUACAUGAAACAGAGCAUUUUUCUUAUGAUUUACUGCAUUUUCCUGUUGUGGGACUGAUUUUGUAUAUCAAGUAACACAUGAUUUUGUUUUUUUAAAAAAAAGAUUUCAUCACAGUUGUCAGCAAAAAGAAUGAAGGCUAUAUAUUUUUUUAAUCAAUCUACACGUGCCAUAUAAUAUUCUCAGUGGAGGAUGAAACCACCACAAGAGACUUUGAAGAUGUAUUUUUCAGCUUCUGCUGUGGCUUUGAAUAUCUCUAUAUAAAAACCACUGUUUGGUAUCUCAUGCAGCAACCGAGAAAGAGGUGACUCAUGCAACUAGAAAUAUUCCUACUCAAGUGAGCUUUUGCAAAAAAAGCAACAUUCCCUGAAGUGACCAUCUGUCUAGACUUCAGCACAACCAACAGCUUCCCUGUGUAAGGUCAGCAGAAUUUGAUCUCCUAUGACAACAAUUUAAUCUCUUAAUAGGUCUUUUGUUGGGCUGAGGCAUUGUGCAGUAAAAGUGCAGAACAGAUUUCUGUCAUCUAAUACAACCUGUAUUUUUCCAUCCUGAGGAGACAAUAUUGUCUACUUUAUAGCACAUAACAGUAAAAAAAAAAAAAGCACAAAAUAAUCUACAGUCUUUAAACCAGCUGUCCACGCUGUACUUAGAAGAUCUGAGAAGGAAAUGCACAUAGUGGAAUUACGUAGCAUCAAAUUCAUCACAAUGCUGAAGGCCUGUUCAAGGCCUGUGAACUACCUGAGACCUUCAGAUGAGUUUCAGGUUUAUUUCCCAUGGUCUCACUCCAGAUAAACAAAAAUAAGGUUUGAGAACUACAGAGGGAGCGUGUCAAUGCUGAAGUUAAUGCUGCUAACAUCACUGAAAAUAACCGUUAAAGAUCAACAUCAUUUACCUGGUGUCAGAGGCUCCCUUGCUGAAUCACUUCCAUGCUGAUACAUUCUUAGAGCGCACCUAAUCAGAACCGGUAGAGAAAAAUUGAAGUUCAGCUGUCAAGGGUGUAACAUGCAGGAGCAAAAAUCCAGUAGAUAAGAAGAUUGUGGAAAUCCGGCACAUCAUAAAUUGUCCUCUCCUUCCUUUAUGUGGAACAUGGAGUAGAUGAAUGUGCUGGGUUUUGGGUGACUUUGAUAUGCGAUGCACCCUGCACACUAAUUUAUUAUCUUUGGGUGUAGAUUCAUUGUCGUAAGUACGCAAACAUGAGACCCAUAUGAACUUUGAGCAAGAACUCACUGGAGAAGAUGAUAACGUUACUCCUCUGUUACAGUCUGGAGCAUCACAUUUCCACCCCCCGGUCAGUGGCAAGAGUGAAACCCUUUAAACACCAGACAGAGAGGAAAGACUGAUGAAAGGAACUGCCUCCUCUCUAUAGUAUUAACAAGAUGGAAUUUCACCUAGCUAGAUUUUCUUUUUAAACCCAUGAGACAGGAGCUGUGUUGGCUGGGUGCUCUGUGGUUCUGUCUAUGCUAGCGAGUAAUGCAGACCAAUUGAGGCGGAUGUGUAGAGUGAAGCCGUCAGUGCUGACAUCCACACAUCAGGUAUUUCAGAGGGCUUGCUCAUGUGGUCCCAUACACUAAAUACCUUUUAGCUUUUGGAGCACCUUAUAAGUGCAUCUUCUGGCUUCGUUUCAUGCAGAAGAGAUCCGUUCGUGCACUUUGAGACCACUCUACAAUUUGAAACAAAGUACAGUAAGUACGACUAGGGAUGUCUCCUGACACUGACUAAAAUGCAAAUACAGUUGCACCCUUUAACAUUAGCACUUUCAGCAACAGAACUGGACAGCACCAGUCUGGAAGAGUGCAAUUUUAUGAUGGACAGGAUUUAUUUAUUUAUGUAUUUAUUUAGAAGGAUUUUGCUAUCCAGAUGUUGCUCAUUAUUUUGGAGAGGGUCGUAUCAGCUGUAGGGAGAAGAUGUGCCUGAGCAUUAUUAUUGUUAAAUUGGUUUUACCAGUGGUGUGCUUGUGUGCUACCCUCAGACACACAUCUAAAUUUCACCUUAGUAACUCCCCCCGACAUGGAGCACCUUCCAGUGCUCACAGUUUUGCACUUCAAUGUUGUGACCAUAGUUCUAACAAGUCUUUCCUAAAGAAAGGUAAUACCCAACUUCUCUCUCACUCACGGUGGAUCUGCCAUAAAAGUUAAAUUGGUGCUAUCCCACUGAUUUAACUUGAGAAUCUACUCUGACAAGAUUUUUUUGCCUCCAGCCUAGAGACGUGUUUUACUACUCUUGAGUAGUCAUGCUGAUGAAAUGGAGGACAUGUCAUUUAACACGUGGCAGUGGUGGACUCCGUGUUUAUCUGGCCUUGCUAUGGAUAUAUAAAGCCACUUAGCCCCAAGCACAAGUGUUACACAGGAGGAAACAUCUCUCAGAGGCCGGUGCUAAUGCAGGAGGGAACCUCUCGCAAGAAGGCCAGGGCCCCUCUGAACUAUAAUGAAUUCCCUAUGGGGGGAAGAAAGAAAAGGACCAUGGCUUAAUUGCUGCCUGCAUCUCUCUGCCCAAAUCUAGCUUUGCUUAUACCUGCCCUUUUUGCACUGACCAAUCUAUGAAUAUUUAAUAUUGGAAUGUGUUAAUUGCCAGUAAUGUGCCAUGGUAAGAUACUUCAUGCUGUACUUCAAUAAAAUUGAUGUGCUCAGUGGUUUCUCUGUGGCCUCUGCUACAUCUGGUCUGCUGCUGCGCUGCUGGAGAUGUGGAGCUGGGUCAAAUCUGAACACCUGCUUUUAAAAAUUAAUGUGCCUGUACAUCAUCCUGUGUUUCUAGAUCUGUAGGUACUGCUAAAGACUGAAAUAAUGCAAAAAUACCACUCAAAAAUAUUGUUUCCAUUAAUAUACUGACCGCCAUUUUUCAAUGACUACUUUGAUUCAUUUCCCUCUUUUUCCUUCCACAUUUUUUGUUCUUUUUUCUUAAAAAUAUAUAAAAAAAGUUAAGAUCAUUACACCUCUAAUAAAUGUAAAGUGAGUUUAAUUUCUUGACCGUGCACAGUUACGCAUUUUUGUGGCAUCAGACUCAGCACACUACAGUUAACAUUGUCAUAAGCUAGAACGUGUUAAUACAGGUUUCAUUGCAGUGACUUACCUACAUUGAAUUGACACAAAAAAGGUGAGAGAACAGAAUUUCCUGCUGUCACUUCAUGGAUGCUGAGGCUUAGAGAAUUUAAAAGCUGAGAUUUUUGAAAGCUGUCUAGAAUAUAUGGAUUGCCAAAUCCCAUUAAAUCUGGUUUUAAAGCAUGAAGUUUCAGAAGCGCUUGGGUGCCUCACAAGUUUAGGGGCCAGAUUUUCAAAGAUAUUUGUUGUUACUUUGGUAAGGAAAAUCAACUGGAUUUAGGUACUUAACACGUGUCUGGUUUCUGACAAUAAAGCUUUCAUUAAAACAUUU